CUGGGCCAGUUUCCUUGUUAUUCUUAUCACUCAAAGAAGAGCAUUUAAGGAGAUUUUUUAUAUUGAUCUGAAUUGGGUUGUCCUUGUUUUGCUUGAGAUUGAAGAAUGAAAAUCUUUCAGAAGCUAGUUUUUCUUACCAUUGCUUCCAGUAUUGUUGUUCUUGCUCUUCUGCCAUCUGUGAGUUCAUCAAGUGAAGAGAAAAAACCCAUGAGCAAUCACAAGAGAAAAACUCAGAACAUGCAAAAGUUGAGCCCUGAGCUUUCAUUUGAAAUUACAGUCCAUGGCUUCCUCCUUUGGGUUUCAAUGGGGUUCCUAAUGCCUGUUGGAAUCCUUAUCAUUAGAAUGUCCAAUAAAGUGAAAUGUGGGAGAAGGCUCAAGGUUAUCUUCUAUUUCCAUGUUAUUUUGCAGAUACUUUCAGUACUCCUUGCCACAGCUGGAGCAGUCAUGUCCAUCAGAAAUUUUGAGAACUCCUUCAGUAACAACCAUCAAAGAUUAGGCUUGGCUCUUUAUGGUGUCAUAUGGAUGCAAGUCAUAGUUGGAUUUUUCAGGCCUCAAAGAGGAACUAAAGGAAGAAGUGUGUGGUAUUUUGCUCACUGGGCACUUGGAACUGGAAUUUCUUUGAUGGGGAUCAUCAACAUAUAUACUGGGCUACGAGCCUACGAGAAGAAGACAUUGAAUAGUACAAGACUUUGGACUUUACUUUUCACUGCUGAGAUAUUCUUCAUUGCUUUCCUCUAUCUGUUACAAGACAAGUGGGAAUAUAUGCAAAAGCAAAGAGUAAUUUUAGGUAAUGAAACCGCCAUGCCCACUGAUCCAGUAAUUUCUCCAACAACCAACCAAAAGGAAAUGAUUGUGCCUUGAUGAAAAAGCAAUUUAAGGGUGCCCUUCCAACCAACAUGUGAGUAUUUUUUGUCAUCCCCGGGUUUUCUUCCUCAACUAUGAGAGAUUGGAUUUCUUGGAAUUCAUGAGACCAAAUGAAGCAUAUUUCAUUGCCAUUGGAAGUAAAGAAAGUUUUUCUAAUAAAACU